UUUGUUUGUUUCUCUUCCUUCCUUGUUGUGUAAACAGAAUCUAUAUUAAGCAGUUAUGCAAUGUGGAAUGAAUCGCACAAGAGCAGAAAGGUCGGGUGGAGCCUCUGCUCUGAGUUCACAGCAGAUUAUGCACCACUCCAAGCCCCUCAUUUCCAGAAACAUUGUGUAGUGUGGGAGUUGCUCUGCAUGGUUGCUUACUGGGCCACAGCCAAAGACAAGCGACGUCCCAGGUUCUGACAGAGUGGCCUCCGUGCAGUACCCACUAUGGCAAUCAGGGACCCUCCUCAGGAGAGGCCUCAGGACUGGAACUUGGCACUAGAACCUUGCUCUGCCACUGUCCUGCUGUGUGAUCGUAGCCAAGUCACAGCUCUGCUCAGUGCCUCAGUUUCCCCUCUCUCAAUUUAGAUUGUGAACUCUUCAGGGCAGGUAGGUGUCCGUGUAGCACUCAGCAUAGUGGGGCCCUGAUCUCAGUGUGGCCUCUAGAUGCUACAGUAAUUACACCUCUUACAGUGUCCUGGCUGUGCUUUCCUUGGCCUGGCCUUUGGGCAGAAGUUUCCCGCUGUCUCUCUGGUCGGGGGUGGGUGUGCUUUUUUGUAAUUGUUCAAUUGUCCGUUACUUUCGGGCUGGAUUAGCAGCAGCAUAGACCCAAAUGCUUGCAUUAGGCCUAGUGGGGACAAUGCAGGGCAGUCUACCCAGCUGUACCCCCGUACGGACUUGGAGGGGUUGGGAUUCUUCUACGAGCCAGGGGAGAACUGGUGAGGGCUAUUUAUUUAACUGCUGGGCAGUGCAGGGAGGUGGUCUUUACCCAGCUCUCGCUGUCUAUGGGCUCUUGUUGAAAAACCUGAGGGGUGGGGGGUUCGACAGGGCAGAAGUAGCAGGAGUGGUCAAGUGCUGCAGUAGACCUAAGUCAGGUCCCCAUGUCUUGCGUUGUCUCAGGUGGGGAAGUGGAAGGCUCUCUCCACUUGAUCACUGGGGCUGGGGGGAUUUCCCAUCCCUCCUCAGCAACUGGAGGGAGAGUGAGCCACCUGCCAGAGGCAGUUAGCCGAGCGUCUGGCAGGAACGGAUGUGGCUGAGGUGGGGAAGCGUUCACAGCACUGCACUGGCUCCCACGGCUCCAGGAAGCCACCCUGAAAGCGAAAGCAGUGGCCAGAUGGCCCACCGUCAGGAGCUGUUGACAAACACGGCAUGUCUCUGAACAGGAAGCAAGGCAGCUACCUGCGUCAGAGAGGUCUCUGUUCUUGGAAAGCCUGCCUGUCCUCAGACCCAGUCCAGGGCAGUGGGUCCCUCUGGCAUGUCCAAGGCUGAAGAGUGUCCCUCUCUGGAGUUCUGAUUGGGCUCAGCUGGGGCCUGGCCCCCUGUGCAGAGCUGGGACCUCCCUCAGAAAGGGUGGCGUGUAGCAAUGAACCAUGGGCCCAAGUAUGAAAUCCUGAAAGACCCGACUGUUCCCCGAGUUCAGGGCUGUGCAGAUCUGGCCAUCCAGGUCUCCAUCCAUUGGAGAGGCCUGGACUGGGAAGUCUGGCUCCAGCUCCAGCUCUGCGCCCUGCGUUUGAGGGGAGGGAAGGUUGGAUCCUGAGUUACUGAUGCUGGAAAGUAGGGCCCUGUAGCAUUUGAGGGACUGAUCACAUGUAUUCCCUAGUACUUGCAUCUGUUUGGGCUGCCAAGGAGUGCGAGUGUCUCACUCUGCGGCGUGUGUGCAGAGCAUGGAGAGAACCUCCCCUUGAUUUGCAUGAUUGUUUGGGCCUUUUGCUUCUCAAUGGUUUCUCCAUCUUCUCCCUUGGCCACAGCACUCAGCUUUAAAGGGAAGAGGAAGAAGAAGACAUCCGCAAUGGAGGCUGCUGGGCCGGGACCUGUGGAAGAGGCUGAUGCUGUGAAACCUGGACCCGAGGGGAGCCAGAGCACUGUGGACCCGGUGGACCAGGUGGACUCGCCAGCACUAAAGCCGGACACCAGCUCCAAAGAGGAGCAGAAGAGGCUGGUGGAGGAGAUCGGGGAUGAGCAGGCAUCGAGCAGGGAGAAGGAGGAGGAGCAGGCCUUCCUGGUCAAUCUCUACAAGUUCAUGAAGGACCGUCACACCCCCAUUGAGAGGGUGCCUCAUCUUGGCUUCAAGCAGAUUAACCUGUGGAAGAUCUACAAAGCUGUGGAGAAGCUGGGAGCAUAUGAGCUGGUCACAGGAAGACGCCUCUGGAAGAACGUGUAUGAUGAGCUGGGAGGCAGCCCAGGAAGCACCAGUGCAGCCACCUGCACCAGGAGGCACUACGAGAGGCUGGUCCUCCCGUACGUGCGACACCUGAAAGGUGAGGAUGACAAGCCCCUGCCCCCCGCCAAGCCCCGGAAGCAGUACAAGGUCUCCAGGGAGCCCCGUGGGGAGCAGGGCGAUGACGCAGCCGAAAAGAGCAAGAGAGUCAAGAAGGAGAAAAGCGGAGACCAGGUUUUGCCUGAGAAGGUGAAGCCGGAUGCCUCUGCUGCUCCCAAACGGGGCAGGGAGACUGUGACGGAUGGCCCCGAGCAGAGCCGACCGGGAGACCGAGCUGAGGGGCUCCCCAUUUCGAACACCAAAGACUUGGCCAAGAGCCAGCUGUCCGUGAGCUGCCACAGCAACUGCAGGGCCCACGGCUGCUCCGAGGCCUACAAACGGCUCUUCUCCAGCUUCUACUCCAAAGGGAACCAUGGCAUCAUGUCUCCCUUGGCCAAGAAAAAGCUGCUGGCUCAAGUGAGCAAGGCGGAAUCCCUGCACUGUCAUGAGAGACACCUGAGCCACUGCCCCGAAGGCAAGAAAUCCAGGUCUGCAGGGCUCCCCUGCCCCAGCCCAGAGCUUGACUCCAACAGGCCAUCAGUCAUUCAUCAGAGCAAAGAGGGAAGGAGCCCUGUGCCAGAGGGGGAUGAUGCCAAUGACCCAGCCCAAGUGUGUCAGCCCCCUAAUAAAGGGGAGGGGACACCAUGCCCAAAGGGAUCUCUGAGCCCCAGAGGCAGCCAGAUAUUUCCGAGGACAGAGGACGGGAGUUCAGGGCGCCACCUCUCCCCUGCUCCUGCCAUCUUCACUGGCCACUUCCAUGCGUACAGAAGUGAGGUUCUGAAACCUGUGAGCUGCCACCCCCUACGAGGCCCGAUGGAGUAUUUUCAUGGCUUCAAGGAUUUCCCAGAGUCUCUCUCCAUCUAUCAGCAGCCAGGCAAGGACCUGCAGCAAGCCAACCUCCCUCGGAAGAGGCAGGAGGGUACAGAGGAUUGUGUGGAGCAGCCAGAAGAUCUGCGCAGCAAAGCGAGCCAGGCUCUGCCCUCCUGGAGCAGAGACAGCCAGGGACUCUCCGCCCUCUACAAAAGUGGCUCUACAGGGAGCAGAGGCUCUCCCUUCGCCAGUGUGAAAGGCUGCUGGGUUCCACCCAUCGCCAGCUUUGCCAAGACCAGUCCCCAGCUACCCAAGAAUGGAGGGCUCAUCCAGCCCAUCCCACAGAGCCAGGUGGGCAGCCCUGCCCUGGGCCUCAGGCCGAGGAGCAAGCGCAGUCUGGAGGAGGAGGGCUUUGUUCAUGGGAAGAAGCUAAAGGCCAUCUCACCUCUCGUCAAGGGAGUGGAGCCAAAGGACAAGCGCGGCGAGUCGCCAAGCCUCCAGCCGGGCCUGGCCAAGCCCCAGGCUAUGGUACCAAACUCCAGCUUCCCAGCGCCACUCCCCUCUGCUGCAGGGCAGGACAGUUACAAAGGGACUAUGCUGAGGUUCCCGGUGAACUUUGGCACCCCCGCGGACCAUUUAAAGGGCCAGUCCUCUCCACUGAUCCCUUCACACUCUGUCAACCCAUUUGUCAUCCCUGCGUUUCCAGGCCACAUAUUAGCUGCCUCUACUCAAUCCUCAGACCUCUGCCGGCCGCUGGCUGCCAGCCUAGUGCAUUACCCUACGUCUUACGACAGCUCACUGCGGCACAGGCUAUACCCUGUUUCGACGUGGCACAAUCAGCCAACAUACGCCUCCCCCCACGGGACCACCUUCCACCGGAACAACAAGCUGUAGCCACUGGCAUGGACACUGUCCUUUGUGGAGAGAGAGGGUUUCUACUGAUGGUAGUGGGUCUCAGCCAGCCAUGGCUCAGGGGUAGGAUACUCAGUAACACUGGAGUUGCAGCUGUGCUGCAUCUCGCCUUUGGAGCUGCCCCUGUCCCAUGGCCUUGUGUUGCAAAGCGGUAAGAGAAUAUACGGACGCGCUGGACCACAUCAUUUUUACUCUUGAUCUUUGAGCUUUUUUUGUAAUUGACAUCGUACGCUGGGGACUUCGACACACACGUUGUGGGUUUAAAAAAAAAAUGGGAGCAAAAUAGGUUCUGGAGAUUCCUCUUAAUGCCAGAGGUGACCCCAUCCACCUUGUAGUUGCUCAGACAAGUAUGUUCCAAAAUGCAGCGCGAACUUGGAUGUUGUCGGUCCAUGCUCCUUAAUAGCAGGACUGAAAAUAGGAGUGUAAAGACAAGGAGAGAGGAGAAAUUCAAAUGAACUAACGUACUGUUUCUAGGGUAUCCCAGUAUGCCAGCUGAGUUUUUGGGGUGCUCUAUGAUCCAUGUUACAGAGCACUAGUUCUUCUGAUCUAAAAACGGAGCAAGUUUAUUUCAGUUGAGUUGCCUCGAGGACAGGAAUCCUGGGUUUAAAUUUCCAGGGGAUUGGGGGUGGGAAGUUAAAACACCCAUUGGUUUUGCAGAACCCUGAAAUGGUUUGAGAUGUUCCCAAGCUACUCUCAUGACACUGUCUGUGGAGGUUCCUGUGGAUCUCUCCAAAGGCUGCGUUGGUCUGGCUGGAAGCAUCUAGGUGUCUACAAUAAAACUGGCCAAGAUGGUGCAAAACGG